AUGGCGAUGGAGUCAGCCUCGGCGUCGGCUCCGGGGGUUGUUGCCAUGGAGAUUCCGGUGCGAGGUGCGCUCCCGGUGGUGGAGGAGGACGAGGGCUUCAGCGCGCCGCCGCCGGGGUCCGAGGAGCGAAUACGGUACCGCCGAGGUGGAGGGAGACGGCGGAGAGGGGUGCCGUUCAACCGGGGCAGCUACUACAUGCUGAUAGUGAUCGGGGAGAUCAGCACCGAGCACCAGCUGGACGCCGCCAGAGCGCAGAUAGAGCGGGGAAUUCGAUCCUGGGACGUGGACCUCCAGUGCUGCGACCUUGACCAGCAGCUGCAGCUGUUUAUAACCCGCCACUCCGCCCAUUUCUCCUCCGAGGUCAGAGGACAAAGGACUCUCCACCACAGAAGUGAUGUCCUAGAGACUGUGGUGCUUGUCAACCCUUCAGAAGACACCGUUGUAUCAGAGAUCCAGUCUCUAGUCACAGACUCAGCAGGACACAAGCUUCUGGUCUUGAGCGGCCAGAGCUCAGAUCACGGUGGCCUUCUUCUUCAAACUGGGGUUUUCACCUACCAGACCUUUUCACGUGUCUUUACUGAUCCCGGGGUCAGUGAAUUACUGGGCACAACAGCCCCCAAGCAGCAGGCUACACUUACUGUGUCCUGCCGCGGGGAGGUGGGCUGGAGCUCCCUGGGACAGCAGCAGACCCUACGGGAGUUCCUGGAAUACAGACUAAACCCUGAACCUGUUCUCCGCAAGAUGGAGGGCGUCACCGAGUUCACAGAGUACAUCUCUGAGACGGUUGACGUCCCUUCACCUUUUGACCUCCUGGAGCCUCCCACAUCCGGAGGCUUCCUGAAACUGUCCAAGCCAUGUUGCUACAUCUUUCCUGGUGGACGAGGAGACUCAGCUCUCUUCGCUGUGAAUGGCUUCAACAUCUUAGUGGAUGGAGGCUCUGAACGAAAAUCCUGUUUCUGGAAGCUUGUCCGUCACUUGGACCGCAUCGACUCAAUUCUACUAACACACAUCGGCGCUGACAAUCUCCCAGGUAUCAAUGGGCUUCUUCAGAGGAAGAUAGCAGAACAGGAAGAGGAGCAGUCUCAAGGCUCCACCAACUAUAGCGACUGGAUGAAGAAUCUGAUAUCCCCUGAACUGGGUGUAGUCUUCUUCAAUGUACCAGAGAAGCUCCGUAUGCCAGAAUCUAAUCUCAAAGUGAAACGCAGCAUCGAAGAGGCCUCACUUACUCUGCAGUACCUUAACAAACUAGGAAUCAAACCAGAGCCUCUCUUUCGAGUGGUCAGCAACACUAUUGAGCCCAUAACUCUGUUCCACAAGAUGGGAGUGGGCAGGUUAGACAUGUAUAUUCUCAACCCCGUCAAAGACAGUAAAGAGAUGCAAUUUUUAAUGCAGAAGUGGGCUGGCAACAGCAAGGCCAAAACUGGCAUUGUGCUGCCCAACGGGAAAGAAGGAGAAAUAUCUGUGCCCUACCUGACAUCAGUUACAGCCUUAGUCGUCUGGCUCCCUGCCAACCCUGCAGAAAAGAUCGUCAGAGUGCUGUUCCCUGGAAAUGCACCACAAAACAAGAUCCUGGAGGGGCUAGAAAAAUUAAAGCACCUUGACUUCUUGCGCUAUCCUGUAGCCACACAAAAGGACAUUGCCUCAGGAGCUCCUCCCUCUGUCAUUAAACAAACCAAGUUAAAACAAAGAACAGAUAGUAAAGAGAGUCUUAAAUCCUCCCCUAAGACUACUGCAAAGACAACAAAGAAAGAAAGUGAAGGACAAGAUGAUGUGUCAGCUGCCACGGAGGCAAAGAGUGACUCUGUGAAAGAAAAUAUAUCAGAGAAAAAAGAGGAGAAAAAGCCGACCAAGACCAUAAAAUCUAAAACUGAUGUGCCAGAAAAGAAAAAACUCUUGAAAGAAAAAUCCUUAAAAAAGCACUCGAAGGAAAGGGUGUCAAAAAUGGAUGAGAAAAAGGACAAGGAAAAGAAAGAGAUCAAGAAAGUAAAGAAAGAUGACUCUGCUAAAAAAGAUGAGAAGAAAGAUGUUAAAUCCAAAGAGGACAAAAAGAAGGACACAUCCAAACCUGAGCUAAGAAAAAUCACAAAGCCUGACCUAAAACCACUGACACCAGAGGUCAGAAAGACAUUACAUAAAGCUAAAGUGUCAAGUAAAGCCAAAACUGGAAAAAUCAAAGCAGCAAAGGCUGAACCCAAACCAGAGGAGCCAAAAAAAGUUAUUCAACCAGAACCGAUCGAGAAUGGAGCUGUUGAGGGCACGUCUGCUCCCUCCACACCUGAAGACCUCACCAAGGAUUUUGAAGAACUAAAAAAAGCUGAGGUUGUAGCUGUAUCAGCAGAACCACCAGACAGUGCUGAAGUUUCACUCGAGCCUCCAGCACAAGAGAAGGAGGAGGAGGCGGAAGAAGAAACUCCUGAAAUUCCAGCUGUCACAGAGUCUCCUGAAAAGGAGGUAACACCCCCAGAGGUGAAAGAUGAAGACAAAGACAAGGAAUCGACACAAGAGAGAGAAUUAGAAGAGGCCCAAAAGUUUGAGGAUGAGGGAGCAGCAACUCAGGAUGAGGAAGAGGAGGAAGAAGAGGCUCCAGCUGCUGAAAAGAAAACAGAAGCGGAGGAGGAAGAGGAGGAUAUGGGAAUAGGUGAAGAGGAAGAUGAAUCAAAAUGGAAGGAGGCAAAGGAUGAUGGGCUUGAUAGAAAACAUGAGAUAGAAGAAAUGGAGAAAUCGGGAACUCUCUCAGCUAAGGUUGUGACAAAAGAGGAGCUACAAAUGACUCCGUCCAUGGAGGAGCAAGAGGAAGAAGAAGAGGAGGAGGCUGUGGAAAAAGCUGAACUGGAAGAGGUGGAAGAUUUAGAUGUAAUAGCAGAUGAAGAGAUCAAAGUCAAACCUGAAGAUGCUGUUGAAGAACAAUUGGUCUCUGAAAGCCAAACAGCUGAAAUCUUGACUACAGCUAAAUACGAGGAAGAAGAAGAGGAGGAAGGCUACCUGUCACAUGUUGGAGGUGCCACAGCUCCCAUAACCUCAGUAGCUCAAGGGGCCGCUGCAGCUGAGCCAGUCUCCUAUAUUCAAGACGAAACGAUCCCUGGUUACUCUGAGACAGAACAGACUAUCUCUGACGAAGAGAUCCAUGAAGAGGCAGAAGAGAGGAUACCACACCUUCAAUAUGAUGUUGGUGCCUACGACAUCUCUGUUCCAGAUCAGACUGAAUCAUUUGUAAACAUUCACGGCAUGCGGGAGAUGCAAGCUGCAGCAAUGACCGAGAAAGGGUUUAUUCCAGCUGUGCAGGAGCAAGUAUCUGUGUUCACCAACAUCAUCACUGCUCCUCUGGCAGAAGAGGAACAUGUGUCUUCUGCAACAUCCAUCACAGAGUAUGACAAAAUGUCCUCCUUCCCUACUUCUAUUGCUGAAGAUCAAUCUGUGGCAUCUGUCACAGCACCUCAGGCUGAGGAACCACCCAAAACUCCUGUUCCCCUGCCAACCCCACCGGACGCUUCACAAGGCAAAGAGCUUCCACUCUCUGCAGGAACUCUUUCACCGCCUUCUUUAGAAGAUGACAAACAAAUCAAGUCUCCAUCGGAUGAGGUACAGCUUCCUGUUACAGAAGUGAAGACGGAGGCUAAAGCUCCUGUUGCUCACAAUGUGGAGGAAGAAGAAGAAGAGGAGGAAGAAGACCAAACUCCUAAUGUUGACAUUUCACUUGAGAAACUCCAAGAGGGCUAUGCUUCAUCCCAAAUAUUACAGGAUAAAGAGAGAGACAUUGAAAAGCUUGCUAGCUCAGUGUCUCCUGUUUCAACGUCUAUACCAGACACCAAACCAGUCCACCUGCCAGUUGAAGAGGAAAAUAUAGAUGCAGUUGCACCUAAAGAUAUUUCAUCUGUUGUGCCUACCAGACCUUUUGGAUCAGACUCAGUAACUUCAGAGAGUGAGGAGCGUUGCUUCAGUCCGGAUGAUAUCACUGUGAAGAUGGCCUCCCCUCCACAGUCUGGACCCUCAAGUGCAGCUCACUCUCCAAUUCGUCAGUCACCAGUGGAAGACAAGAUGAAGGUUUUCCCUGAUUUGGAGUUGCAAAAGCAAGAGGAGCUCCCUGAUGUUGUCACCAAAACUGAAGACAAAACCACAAAGAAAGAUGAAGCAGCUGAGACACAAAAAGAUGUGGACAAACAGGAAGCAGAUCAGUAUGAAGUAGCCGUUGCAACAUCUUUGGACAAAACAUUUGAAAAGGACAUCAAAGAGGUUCCAGUGAUGAAGGAGCCAGAAAAAGACAUUUCACUAGUGCCAAAAGAUGAAGACAAACAGGCAGAAACAAUCCCUGUUGUUCCUGCAUCUUUAACGGACGUUCAGUCACCCAUGUUAGGGAGGGAUUCCCCCAUCUCAUCUGGACAACGUGAUGAAGACAGUGACGUUGGGCUCAAAGAUAAAGAACCUAAAGUGCCUGUUGCAGGUAAAUUUACAGAGAGGGAGAGUCGUUUCUUAGAUGAUGACGAUGAUGAGAACAAGAAAGAUGAUGAUGACGGUCAUGAUGAUAAAUCUGCAGUUGAAAUCGUCAAGGCGGAACUGGAGAAAGAAAAGGAUGACACCUCUGAUGUCAAACAAAUCAAGGAAGAGCAGAAACAGGAAUCUGUUAUUGUAGAAGACAUUUCUGCAAUCAAGUCCAUCGUGGAUGAGAAAGAGGCAGUAAAGGAUGAUACCUCUGAUAUUAAACCUGUCAAAGAAGAGCAAAUUGCAAAGGACAUGGUCAUCAGUACAGAUGAACAAAAAGAGCCUGAAAAAGACCACACUCCUGAAGUCAAAACUACUAAAGAGGCAGAGAUAGAUUUUGUUGCUUCUGAGGCCAUCAAAGACGAGCAGAAGCAGGAAGAUACAAAACAAGAUGAUGAUUUUGACCUCAAAGCCAAAGGUGAAGUAAAGGAGAUGGAAGUUAAGAAGGAUGAUGUGUCUGAUAGCAAGAUUUUGAAAGAGGAUGAGAAAAAAGAGACAGAAAAGGUUGAUACGUUUGAUAUUAGCUCAAUAAAGACUGAAGAGAAAGAUAUCAAGAAGGUCCAAGAUGUAGAUAUCAAACCUGUUAAAGAGGAGAAGAAAGAAGAAGAAAAGGUUGAUACUAUUGAUAUUAUCCCUAUAAAGACUGAAGAGAAAGAGAUCAAAAAGGUCCAAGAUGCAGAUAUCAAACCUUUUAAAGAGGAGAAGAAAGAGGAAGAAAAGGUUGAUACUUUUGAUAUUAGCCCUAUAAAGACUGAAGAGAAAGAGAUUGAAAAGGUCCAUGCCACAGAUAUCAAGCCUGCUAAAGAGGAGGAGAAGAAAGAAACAGAAAAGGUUGAUACUUUUGAUAUUAGCCCUAUAAAGACUGAAGAGAAAGAUAUCAAGAAGGUCCAAGAUAUAGAUAUCAAACCUGUUAAAGAGGAGAAGAAAGAAGAAGAAAAGGUUGAUACUAUUGAUAUUAGCCCUAUAAAGACUGAAGAGAAAGAGGUCGAAAAGGUCCAAGAUGCAGAUAUCAAGCCUGUUAAAGAAGAGAUGGAGAAAGAGGCAAAGAAGGACGAUAUGGCCAUUAUUGAGCCAACUAAAGAUGAGGAGAGGACAAAAGAGACAGAAAUAUCUGACAUCAAAGUGAUUGAAGAUAAGAAAGAGGAGGAAAAGAUGGAGAAGAUAGAUGUUUCUGCUACCAAGCCCUUCACAGAUGAGCAGAAGGAAAAGGAGAAAGAGGUGGGUGAAAUCACUGUUGCCGAACUCACCAAAGAAGAAGAAAUUAUUGGUAAAGAUGAUACAUCUGCUGUUACCAUGAAAGAUGAAAAGGGGCAAGAGAUUUGUAAAGAUGCUAUCUCAACCAUCAGCCUCACCACGGUGGAGGAAAAGGAUGCAACAGAGAGUAAAGACGAGAUUCUUGUUGCCAAGCCAACCACAGAGCAAGAGAAAAGUAAAGAUGAUAUCUUGGACACCAAACUUUCCAAGGAGCAGGAAAAAGAUAUGACAGCAAGCAAGGAUGAUGCUCUGGCCUUCAAACCUACAACAGAAGAAGAAAAGAAGGAUGACAUAAGUAAAGAUGAUACUGCUGCUAUAAAACUUACCAAAGAAGAGGAAAAAGAUGUACUGCCAAGCAAGGAAGAUACUUCUCCUGUUAAACCAGUUGGAGAAGAAAAGGAAGAACAGGAAAGUAAAGAUGAUUCUGUGACCACCAAGCUUACCAAGAUGGAGGAAGAGCAUGUACUAGUAUGUAAAGAUGAUGAUUCCUCUGCCACAACAACUAAAGUAGAAGCGAAAGAAACACUUAAGGAUGCUGCCAAACCAGUCAUGGAAGAAGAAAAAGAGCAAGAGACAAGUAAAGAUAAAGAUGUCACUUCUCCUGUCAAACCUGCUAUGAUGGAGGAAGAAGAUGUAAUAAUUUCCACUGUCACAACAUCCAAGGACGAAACAAGCACAAAGGUUGACAUCUUUGUUGCCAAACCCACCAUGCAAGAUGAAAAAGAGAAAGAUAUCAGUAAAGACAUUUGUGCUGUCAAAUCAAUAGAAGAAGAAAAGGAGAAAGCAGUGGAUAAGGAGGACAGCUUAACUGUCAAACCAUCUGAGGAAGAAGAAGUGACGAUGCAGGAUCACAGUUCUGAUAUCAAACCUGUAAAGGAGGAAAAAGAUGCAGACACAAUUAAGGAAGAAACGUCUGAUAUCAAACCUGUAAAGGAGGAAAAAGAUACAGUAACAAUUCAGGAGGAAACUUCUGAUAUCAAAUCUGUAAAGGAGGAAAAAGAUACAGUAACAAUUCAGGAAGAAACUUCUGAUAUCAAACCUGUAAAGGAGGAAAAAGAUACAGUAACAAUUAAGGAGGAAACUUCUGAUAUCAAACCUGUAAAGGAGGAAAAAGAUACAGUAACAAUUCAGGAAGAAACUUCUGAUAUCAAACCUGUAAAGGAGGAAAAAGAUACAGUAACAAUUCAGGAAGAAACUUCUGAUAUCAAACCUGUAAAGGAGGAAAAAGAUACAGUAACAAUUCAGGAAGAAACUUCUGAUAUCAAACCUGUAAAGGAGGAAAAAGAUACAGUAACAAUUCAAGAUCACAGUGCUGAUAUCAAACCUGUAAAGGAGGAAAAAGAUACAGUAACAAUUCAGGAGGAAACUUCUGAUAUCAAACCUGUAAAGGAUGAAAAAGAUACAGACACAACUAAGGAAAAAACAUCUGAUAUCAAGCCAGUAAAGGAGGAAAAAGAUACAGUAACAAUUAAGGAAGAAACAUCUGAUAUCAAACCUGUAAAGGAGGAAAAAGAUACAGUAACAAUUCAGGAAGAAACAUCUGAUAUCAAAACUGUAAAGGAGGAAAAAGAUACAGUAACAAUUCAGGAGGAAACUUCUGAUAUCAAAACUGUAAAGGAGGAAAAAGAUACAGUAACAAUUCAGGAAGAAACUUCUGAUAUCAAACCUGUAAAGGAGGAAAAAGAUACAGUAACAAUUAAGGAAGAAACAUCUGAUAUCAAACCUGUAAAGGAGGAAAAAGAUACAGUAACAAUUCAGGAAGAAACAUCUGAUAUCAAAACUGUAAAGGAGGAAAAAGAUACAGUAACAAUUCAGGAAGAAACUUCUGAUAUCAAACCUGUAAAGGAGGAAAGGGAUACAGUAACAAUUCAGGAAGAAACUUCUGAUAUCAAACCUGUAAAGGAGGAAAAAGAUACAGACACAACUAAGGAAGAAACAUCUGAUAUCAAGCCAGUAAAGGAGGAAAAAGAUACAGUAACAAUUCAGGAAGAAGUGUCUGAUAUCAAACCUGUAAAGGAGGAAAAAGAUACAGUAACAAUUCAGGAGGAAACUUCUGAUAUCAAACCUGUAAAGGAGGAAAAAGAUACAGUAACAAUUCAGGAAGAAACUUCUGAUAUCAAAACUGUAAAGGAGGAAAAAGAUACAGUAACAAUUCAGGAAGAAACUUCUGAUAUCAAACCUGUAAAGGAGGAAAAAGAUACAGACACAACUAAGGAAGAAACAUCUGAUAUCAAACCUGUAAAGGAGGAAAAAGAAACAGUAACAAUUAAGGAAGAAGUGUCUGAUAUCAAACCUGUAAAGGAUGAAAAAGAUACAGUAACAAUUAAGGAAGAAGUGUCUGAUAUCAAACCUGUAAAGGAUGAAAAAGAUACAGUAACAAUUAAGGAAGAAACUUCUGAUAUCAAACCUGUAAAGGAGGAGGAAAGCAAAGACAUUGCUGGUCUAAAACCCCUCACAGAUGAGGAGAAGAAGACAGAGUUGAAAGAAGUUACAUCUGAAGCAAAACUCAUCAAGGAGGCAAAAGAAACACCAAAAGAGGAAACUCAUGAUACAGAGUCCAAGGUUAAAGAAGAGGAAAUGGAAAAAGAAAAGAGCGAUACCUCUGAUCUUGUGUCCGUUAAGGAAAAGGACAUUGUUGAUACUUCUGUCAAAGAUGACAAAGAGGUAAAAAAAACUGACAUUUCUGACAAACAAAUAAAAACAGAGAAGGUCGAAGAGCAGAAGGGUGACAUCUCUGACCACAAAUCCAUUGUGGAGGAACUUAAGGAUAAAGAAACUGAAAAGGAUGACAAGAAGAAAGAGAAAGAAACAGAUGGCACUGUUGAGCAACCUAAAGAUGUGAAAGAGAAAGAGCCAUCUAAAGUUGAAACCACCGAGGAGGAAAUGAAAGAUGCCAUCAAACAGGACAGUUGUGACGCUGAAUCUAUCAAACAGGAGACAGAGAAGGAGAUGGACACUCUAACAUUUAGCACCAAAGAUGAGGAAAAAGAGAAACAUGAUUUCCCUUUUGAGUCUGAACCCAAGAAGGACGAUAAAAAAGAGGAAGAUCUUCCAAUGUCUCAGACCUUUGAAGAAGAGAAGACUAAAAUGGAUGAUAUCUGUGAUAGCGAUAAGCAUAUAUAUGAAGAAACUUCUGAUAAACUUCCUGGAGCUCAAACAGAAAAGGACACUUUUGAUGUUGCAUCAUUUGAAACGCAGCAAGACUCUUCUGUAACACCAUCGAGUGACGACCUGAAACCAGCAAAAGAUGACAUUUCUGUGUCUCCCCAUGACACCCAGGAGGAGAAAAAAGAACAAGAUAAAGAAGCAAAGGUCCUUAUUAGUCAAGAAGAGAAGAUGGAGAAAGAAAAGGAUGACGCACAUGUUGCUGAACUGAGCAAAGAACAGAAAAUGGAGAAAGAACAAGAAAAAGAAUACAGCUAUGAGACUGAAGACAUCAAAGAUGAAAAAACCAAACCAGCAGAAGAUGAAAAGAUAAUUAAAGAAAAGGAUGUUUCUGAGAAAAAGGGAGAUGAGAUCACAGAGAAGGAAAAGUCUGACUCCUCUGAUGCAGACCACACCAAAGAGGAAAAAUGGGAGAGAGAGGAGUUACAGGAGAAAGACCAGGACAAAACCAUUAAACAACUUGCACAGACAAUAUCAGGAGAAGCAGUGGCCCCCAAGUCAGAUUUCAAGCCUGCAUUUGUGGUUCAGUCCUCAGAUGAAGACAGAGAAGAUGACGAGGAGGAGGACAUCUGUAUGGGAGGAGCAGGCUCCAGACCUUUGUCGGUGGAGCCGAGAAAAUCAGACCAUGACAUCUCUGCAGGUCUGCCUUUAUCCGAAACUGCACAGAGAAGUGAACAAACUAAACCACCAAUUUCGGAACAGACCUCAAUGAUCAUUCCUACACUUACAAUGCAGGAGCCCUCUAUUGAUGAAGACUUCAAAGAGUCCGGCAAAGAAGAGUCCAGAAUUUCACCUCAGGCAGACAAAGAUGUUGUGAAAACAGAUGCCAAACCUGCACCUCUCGCCAAGCCAGAGCCGUCCGUUGACAUUGUCACAUCAAAAGAGGAGACGACCUCUAUUCCAAAACAAGAACCAGCUUCUGAUGUCCCGAGUGCUAAAGAAGAACCGGUGUUGGACUCAACUGAGAAAAAACCUGCCUUGUCAACAUUAUCAAGCACAGACAGUCAAGCAAGGAGCUGUACACUUUCGAGCACUGAGAGCCAGUCCAGUGUGGAGGAACCACCACAACAAGAGAAAAAGAUACCGUCUCAGACAAGCCCAGGAGUUGUCGCCACAGAAAAGACAAAGCCAGAAGAGAAACCAGGUAAGGAAGCGGAGAGGGAGAUGGAAGGAGAACGAGAGGUGGCUUCUCCAGGAUUUUCACGGCCUUGCACAUAUUUUACGUUGGACAAAGAUUCAGAGGACGCUGGACACACUGAUGCUGUAAAAUCAGAUGCUCCAAAAAUGGACAGUGAAAUAAUGACCUCAGAGAAGGAGACAAUCAGUGGAAGCCUACAAGACGAAAAACAAACAUUUGGUGCAUCCAAGUAUGAUCCGUAUGAAAAGCCCAUCCCAAAAGAUCAUGACUCGGACUCUAGAGAAGAGAGUGAGGUUUCCUUAGGUUUUGAUCACACCUCCGAUAUCGGUAUUGAUGAUAACAGAAGAACAAGCCAGUCCGAAGCUGGAGGAGUCAUGUUCCUCCUUGACGAUCAAUACAAAGAAGAGCCUUUAUCCUUCAGCAGAGUUGACUACAGCCCGGUGUCCCUCACAGAGAGCGAAAGAAGCAGCCAUCACAGUCGAAGUGCCUCUCCUAAAUAUGAAGACAGAGAGAAAGGCCAAGAGGAGGAGAGUGAGAGAGAAGAAAGACCAGUUACACCUUAUGUUGACAAGAGCUUUUCACCUGUAGACAUGCAAGACAACAAAAUGUCCCAAGCUGCUGAGUCGUAUUCUUUCACUCCUAAAGAGGACAAACCUGAGAAAUCGGAGAAAGAGAAAGAAGACAUGAAGGAAGGUGCUGUGGCAGCUCUUCAACCAGGGGCAACCGGAGAAAGUGAUAAAGUUUCUACUGGCUCUGCCGUUCAAUCAGCAGGCGUAUCAUUAAGACAAGAAACACCCUCUCCCUCAUGGAGCCUAUCAGAUCUUGGUAAACAAGCGUCAGCUGCUCCUGCAGCUUUUGGAGAAUUCACAGAGAAGAAAACGUCGGUAAAAGAGAAGGAAAAAUCUGCUGAGUCGCUGAAAGACAAAAUGGAGUCCUCUGACCAUGAGGGCUCCCCCUCGGGUCGGCACUCACCUGCAGAAAAAGACAUUUUACCUCAACAAGCAUCACCCGUAGAGAGAGACGAAACAUCAGCUGACUCAAGGACCACCCCUGCCACCACAUUUGUAGGGCAUGAAAUAGACGACAACGUUCUUGCCUCUGAUAACAGUCAAAUUAGCAGCUCUGCCACUUGUAAAUCCAUGUUAGACUUUCCUGAAGGAAAAGAGAGCCUGAUAGAUAAGAGGUUACUUGUAGAAGGGGAAGAUUUCAAUGUUGAUGAUGAUGAUGAAGACGAAGAUGAGGACGAGGAGGAGGAAGAAGAGGACGAGCUGAGCGAUGUAGACAUGGAAAAGGGUGCAAGAGAGGAGUCUGAAAAAGAAAUGUGCCGACGUAGUCCUGAUGAUAGUGCUGACUUGGCAGAGGUAGAGGACUCAAAUAAGAAAUCUCAGUUGUCUGAAUCAAGUUUCCUAAAAGAGGAAACGGUCUGUAAACCAACACCUGAUGAUGCCUCAGCAUCUAAAGUCACAGAUGCAGACAAGCAGGACGUAAGUAAACAACCUCCAUCUCCUGACGUGAAACCACUCAAAGAAGAGGAUUCGACUGGUGAAACGGCUACAGCCAAACCUCCUGAGACAAAAAGUGAAGAUGUAGGCAAAACAACUCCAUCUCCAGACUUAAGUGCUCACAAAAUGGACGAAAUCUUUGUUGCUACAGCAGAUGUCCCAAAACUUCCUGAAAUGAAGAAAACAGAAGAUACAGACGAAAAGCAUUUGUCCCCCGAACCAACCACAAAGAGAAAGUUGUCAUCGGCAGAGGAUACAACCUCCUCUGAGGUACUACAGCCAAAAGAAGGAGAUGAAGACAAAGGGUCUCGAACUUCAAGCGUUUUGACAGAGGAAACUUAUCAACCAACAUCAACAAGCAGCUUGACAGGCAGCUCUUUGCCACCUGAUCAUUCAGAACCCAAGCCUACAUCUAGUCCCUCACCUCUGCUAACAGGCAGCUACGCUGAUAUCGGACACAGCAGGUCUGGAGAUUGCUCUGAAUAUCUUUACAGUGAGGAAAGUAAAGUAGAACUGAAGGAGGAUAAGAAAGAAACACCUGUGCUCUCAGAUGCCUCCCAGCUAUCCAAGCUAAGUGAUGAUAAAUAUCACAGCCAAAGAGACAUCCAAGAGGAAAGUGUAGACCAGAGGCAGACCUCAGAUAUCACUGCAAAACACAAGGAAUCUUCUUCAUCAUCUUGCACAUACACCACCUUAACAUACUCUACGUCAACAUACUCCUCCACAUCGUAUAGUUACUCAUCCUCAGCCUCAACUUCUGCCCCUUUGAGCCAACACUUUGGAGACAGAGUUGAAACCUUCGCAACAUUAUCAAGCUCUGACAUACCUCUAGUCAAAGAGGAGUCAUCCUUCCCGAAAGCGUCUACAAGCUCCUGCUUUGGAGGAUUUCAGAGAGAUGAGUACAUGGAGGUGACAACGAAACCUGCAACAAAAGUGUCUUUACUCAGUCAGUUUGAGGAGACCAAACCAUCAUCUCCAGUCCUGCCUCCCACUGCCAAACAGACUGAGGAUCAAAGUGGCUCUGCAAAGCCCGAAACGGACACAAAGUCGAGCAUUGAUAGUUUUUAUAUGCUAGAAACAAAGAUUACAACAUCCACCACAGCACCAUCUCUACAACAAACUGAACCCCUAAAGGUACCAGAGAGUUUAUCCACAUCAGAGGCUCACUUUGAUGUCUCUCCUCUCCAAAGGGCUGACUCCUCUGACAGGGAGUCCCAAGGGUCAGCAGAAGACGAGGAGCCUGAUACACUUGAACUGGAGGACAGCACCCUACCAUGUCGUAUUGAAUGUCAAAAAAUCAAAGUGACUGAGCAAAAAGAGACUUUUUCAUCAAUAACUGAGUCGUAUGUGGUAGACAGUUCCACACCUGCCACAGAGACAAAGACUGUCACCAUCACCUCGACCACUGUUGUGUCUAAACCCGAUGAGGUGUCACAAACAACUCAACAGACAGCCUCAUUUACUCCACUGAGUGACAGUGGAGCUAGCAAAACCUCAUGUGCCAUAACAGACUUGUCCAAAACAGAAGAGGAUAAAGAGAAGAAGGAGAAGAAAACAUCAGAGGCAAAAGAAGAAAAGACGAGUGGAGCUAUCGCACCUUUGAAGGAAGAUGGAAAGGUGGCAGAAAAAGAAACAAGUGAAAAAGAUGAAAAGACUGAGAUUGCUAAAAAAGACGCUGUAGUCAAGCAGAAAACAGAGGAAAAGAAACUAGAAGAAAAGACCUGUAAAGACAGCACAGACGAGAAGAAAGCUACAACUGGUCCAAAGAUGUGUGAAAAAGCAGAAGAUGGGAAGGGAAGAGAGUCGGAACGAGCCGAGGAGAAAAGCCUGUUGGAUAAGCCACCAGAGAGAUUAGAAGGUAGAAGGAAGAGCAGUAUAUCCGAUUGGGAGCUACUGCAGAGGCCUGAUGAUUGCCCAAGUGCCCCUCCUCCGGGUUAUGGUGAUGAUGAUGAUGAUGAUGAUGAUGAUGAAGAGGAGGCAAUGGAAGCGAUGGAAUGGAUGACAAGUGUCCACGGUACCUCUGUGUCCUCUUCUAUGGACACCUAUCACACAGAAACAUCGAGUAAAGAAGACAUGAAGGCUGAUCGUCCCUCUGACUUGAACACCGGUGCCACCUCCUCCUCUGCCUCGCCUCCAGGUUACUCCUCCUGCGAAUAUAAACAUCGCAAAGGAGAACUUUCUCCGUCUUUCAUCAACCCCAGUCCUCAUCAGCUCUCAAGUGACGAGGGCGAAGACGACGGCCGCAGUGACCACUUCCAGGACGGAGAUGAGGAUGAUCAGGAACAGCACUCUGUGAAAAGGCGGUCGCACAAGCAGAGGCACCACCAUGCUCAGAGUUACCAUGGAGAUGCUGGGCAGGGGCCACACCAGCUGCCAGGGGCCAUGUCAUCUGGUUUGGCUGUGACGUUAGCUGGAGAGGAAACGCCUCCGACAUCAGUGAGCGAGUCGUUGCCGUCACAGUCGGACUCUGACGUCCCCCCAGAAACCGAGGAGUGUCCGUCCAUAACAGCUGAAGGAAAUCUGGACUCAGAUGAAGACGCUGAACAUCUGCCAGUGGACAAAUCUGCAUUUGGAGCUGGAGGUGCCCACCAUCCUCCAUCCCCUAGAUCAGCACAGAGGACUCAUGAUCCCCUCCCCACCCCGAUGAAGGACCCUCAUCCUCAUCCUCCCCACCCAGAUGUGUGCAUGGUGGAUCCAGAGGCUCUUCUCAAUGACCACAGCAGCACAGAGAAACUUCUCAAGAAGGAGCACAAGACCACCAAGGGCCUCAGAAAGGGCAAACCCAAGUCGUCCUCCCCUGCUCGUAAGGGAGAAGUCAGGAAGAGGUCCUCGACUCCAGUGAAGCAGACUAAGGACUCCGCCUCACCACGAUCUGCCUCCCUCAGGAGGAAGGACACGGACAGAAGCUCCAGGCUGAUCAAGAUGUCUGAGACUCAAGGCUCCAGGAGUGAGAUCCUCAAUCCAGGGAAAGGCUUGGUCAAUGGUGUCAAGAGCAGUUCAGGUAACAACGCACAGAAAACAAGUUCAGCCGUCCCUCCUGGACCACCCGUCUAUGUCGACCUGGCCUAUGUGCCCAACCACUGCAGUGCCAAGAACGUGGAUCAGGAGUUCUUCAAGAGAGUGCGAGCCGCGUACUACGUGGUGAGCGGGAACGACCCGGGCAGUGGAGAGCCCAGCCGUGGAGUACUAGACGCCCUGCUGGAGGGCAAAGCUCAGUGGGGCUCCAAUUUACAGGUGACUCUGAUCCCGACCCACGACACAGAGGUGACCCGCGAAUGGUACCAACAGACCCAUGAGAGGCAGCAGGACCUGAACAUCAUGGUUCUGGCCUCCAGCAGCACCGUAGUCAUGCAGGACGAGUCCUUCCCUGCCUGCAAGAUCGAGUUCUGAGCUUCAUGAGCCCCACUGUGCUCCCCACCCCUCCCAUCCUCCCCCUCCCUGUCAUCUGCUCACAAUGGAGAUAGAGCGAGAGCAAACAGCACUCUCUGCUUCUUUUCAAGGCUUCUCGCUCUCUCGUGGUACCAGUCUCAGACACAUUUGCUGCAGCCCUCAACUCACUAGAUUCUGUUAGCUGAGAUUAAAGUCAAACCUCUGGGUUCAUGCUUUCUGUGACGACGGGGUUAUCACGCAAGUAAAAUCGUACUUUUAUGUUUGUUUUCUCCUGUGAGUUAAAUGUCUGCCCCAACACACUUCUUAUACUAGCACUAACAGUUGUGGUAAAAAUUCAAAUAUUCAAUGACAUAGUUGAAAGCUUUCUUUGCCUCAUAUCCUUCAGAUAAACAGACAUAAUUAUCCUAAAAAUGCAAAAAUGCCACAGUUAAACUAUAGAUUAAUAAGAUGUAGCUCGUACAUUUGUGGCUCAAAUCACAAUUAAAUCAGAAAUUAAUUAAUCUCAAAUAAUGAAUCUCUCAUCCAAAGUGCCAAAACAUGAAUUCUUAUUAACUUCUCCAAAAUGUCUACUACAAUAUCUCCAGCAAUCAAUAUGUUCUUUAUAUUGUAUGCACAGUGUUUUUAGAAGAGUAGAACUUUUUCUGUUUUUUUAAUUUGAAGCUUUCUUUUCCAUCAGUGCGCACGACAAAACUCAUCCUGCUCACACGACACUAGUGUUUGGAUUAACUCGAUAAUGACAUAAAUUGAUGUUAUGUUUGAAAAAAAGAAAAAAAAAAAAAAAAAAGAAAAAAAAGGAAAGCAACGUUCCUUCUUGUCAUUUGUGGUGAAGUUUUAGGAGGUGCCUGAAGUUGCCACUCUUUGAAAUUUUUCUUCUCGGCUUUCACAGCUUAGCUGGUGCAUGACGCUUGUGUUUUAGCUCGGACUCUUUCAGAGAGAACUGCAUAGGGUUAAUCCUUAAUUUAGCCAGCCUUUCAAGUGUGGAAUGCAGCAUAGUGUAGAUAGGUUACUACACUGUUUGGCUGUCUAUGCUCAAGUGAAUUCAAUAGGCGCCAGGCAAAGGGACGAUGUUUCCACACUAAUCAUAUCAUAUCUCUGCUGGAUGUAAUGGUUCUUCUUUAAGUCUUUCUCAUGGUCUUUGUUGGUUGUAUGUACUCCAGUAUACAUAUAGGGUAAAUGUUUCUAUAUCAAUACAGAGGUUAUGUUAAAUAAAUGAUAUAUUUUGUGAUGAUGCAGCAAAUUAUGAUUCUGAGGUGAAUGCAGCGUUUGAGAAGGUUUAAUUAAUAUUUCUGUCAUUUCCUCCUGUUCAGCUACAUUUUUACCGUCUCUGUCAACAUCACAAAGCGAUGGAAAAAAACAAGCAGUGACCUGUGACAAAUGUAGCAAAGGAAGUUCGUCUGUUCGUCCCCUUCAGAGGGAACAAUACGCCAGUAGGAACUGCAAUAUUUAUAUGUAGUAUUUGGGUUAUUUUUCAGGAGAAAAAAAAUAUACAUAUGAAGUGUGUUACAGGAGGCUUCUUUCAUGUGCCUUUAGCUUGUGGUUUUAGAGAGAGCCGGAUAUUUUAAGGACGUUUUGAAGCAGAGCCAGAAACCAGGGUAAAUCAAGUACACGACUUUGAAACAGAGGACCAAUCAGUUCAUACAGUACACACACACAAACUGUAUCCACAGCCGGGAUACUCGCGGAACAGGACAUUCACAACUUUGGAGCCGUAUAAUCUAAUUAACCAUUAACGCCACAUUCUGAAAAGCCACUAUGGAAAACCUCCAAACCAAUAUGAAUGUCUUUAAGCAAGGUGUUGCACCAAAUAGGAAUGCACUUUUCUGAGAUGGAGGAGGAGAGGUAAAGAGUCGGAUGUUUGUUAGUUUGCAGUUGAGACACAGAGUUAGUGUAGCAGCAGAAAACAGUUUUCACUGUAAAAUAAAAUAAUGUACAAGAUGUUCCUCCAAACUGAGGGAAGGCUAACUAAUAUUAAUCCCAGAGUAAUAUUUACAGAAUGAGCAUGAAUGUAAUGAUGAUGAUUGUACUGGACGCAGAUAUAAAGUAGGAAUGUUUUAGAGGUAGUUUUGCGUGUGAGAAUACGAUGACACUAAAUAGCUGUUUUUAUAUCACAGCAUGGUUCGUCCCUGUAGGUUACGUGGCGAGUGAGUUUUUUCUGUGGGUUCAGAGUGAAAGGUGUUUGUUCACAGCCAGACGCGAGAGAAGCUCAUAUGUAUGUUCAAGUUAAAUCUACAUGAGGCCAAGUUUUAUUUCUUCAUCUAUAUCUAAAUUUGUAGAGAAACAGAUUUACAUUUGCAAUUAAUUUUCUCCAAACUUGUGCUGAAAAGCAAACGCAAGUCUGAUUAUUCGUUUUUUUUCACAUUUAAUUUUGGUCUGAAUAAGAAACAGAUUUCUGCCGAGAUGGCUCAUUUUGUUUGAUUUGUUUUUUGUUUUUUUUCUGGAGACAGAUUUGAAGCUGGGGGGCGGGCCAGGCUGGGGGAAGCAGGGCAGGCUUGGAUUUCCAGAAAGGACUUUGUCUGAGCUAUUGAUGACAGAUUGAUUGUCGGGAUGUUGCCAACUAAAAGCAGGGAGGAUCCUCUGCUUGCACAGUUUAACUUCACCCAGUUCUUUACCUCAAUCUGAUUCAAAAUAUGGAAGAAGCUCCUUUAGAAAGCUAGAGCAUUUUGUUAACUUCUGCUAGCCUGGGACCAGUGCCAUUUUCUUCACCUGUAAAACUCACAAUACUAGCACUACUUUAUACCUCAUCUUCCAAAGCCUCUGUGCUCUUUGCUCUGCCUGGCCUACCUUAAACUUUCAAAUCAAAGAUGGUUGACUGAUUUACAAGGUUGCCACUGAAUGAUUUUCUUUUUCUUUUGCAUAAUACGUGUCCAUUAUGCACUGUGUAAGCCUCGAUAUGCAUCUCAUUUCUUGUGAUGUUUCGAGACAGACAGCUUUUUUAAAUCCCACUGAGGAGAAUCUUAGUUUGAUGCAGGUUGUAUAUUAAAAAGCUGGGUACGCACAAGUACACGCACACACACACACACACACACACACACACACACACACACCCUAAUCUGAAGGGAGUUGAUUAACUGAAGGGCACGACGUGAAAGUUCAAAAUGACUCCCUGUUUCAGUUCACACCUAAAUGUUUGUGAUGUGUCCUAAACAGGAAAUAGGCUUUUUAACGUAUGGAUCAGAUUCUGUGGAUGCUCUGAUGUGUUGUAGUGUCUUUGAAUAAUGUUUUUAAGUUGGCAGAUUCCAAAUACCCGACCUUGAGAUGAUGAUCAAGGCAUUAGCAGAACGCUGUGAAUCACUCAAUACUGAACUGUAUGACUUUACAGAAGCUGAAUGCACUAUACAGGAGAUCUAUUUUUCUGAAUGUAGAGUUGGUACUACCACAUGAAUGCUGCUGGAUCAAAACAAUAGACAAAAAAAUAAACAAAAACAAAACAAAAAAAACCAUUCACAUCAGCUUAGACGGAAAUAAAUUUUAAGGGAGUACAGAACGCAGGCAGAUACUGUUUUCUGUUUUGGCAAAUUGUCAUUUCAAUUAUAGUUCUGUUCCGAAUGAGGAGAAAAGUUAGAUUUUUGAACUGAGAUCCCAUAAAGAAACACAUUAAAUGUAACAGAAAUAGUAAUAACUGCAGCCGCAACUUUUUCAUUUUCCUGAAUAUGACUUGAAACACAUGCAGACUCGAAAACCAUCAAUAAAAUUAAACUACUACUACUACAUGUACACGUAUGUACCGUGCACACGAGUGUACAUACUUCUCUGGAAAGAACAAAUCUGAAAGAUAUAACAAACUAUCCUUCUUGUGAUACCUGCGCAUUUUAGCUGAUUUUAGUGACAGUAUGAACAAAGCCUAUAACUGUUCCUCGAACCAAGAAAAAUACACAAAAUGUUGACAAGAUACAGAAUGAAAAAAAGUGCAUCUUUCAGUUUAAUUUCAUCGCCAUAUCUGCAUUAAAAUGAAUCAUCAUUUGAUCACAAUAUGGUGUCAUCUGUCCAUCUAAUCUUUCUGCAUGUGAUUUAUUUAGUUAUAAUCCUGAAUGUAAUUGUUUAACAUAAUAAUAAAAAAUACAAUGCUAUUUUAAAGAGGUAUAUUUGAAAAAAGCUAAUUGUCUUAACUGGUACUGAAAAGACCUACAGUAAUAUAAUACUGGGCUGUGCUUUUAUUGUUUGCCCUAUUAACAUGUUGUUAAGAAGACGCUGUAUUGGUAGUUCUGUUUGAUUCUCUCUCUCUCUCUCUCUCUCUCUCUCUUUAAUUUUGCAUUGUAUUAAUCUUAGUUAUGUUUUUCUUCCUCAGCGCAAUAUUAAAUAUCUCUGUCUCUUUAAAUCUAACUGGUUAAACUAGAACUACUGCAGAUUCAUUGUAAAAGGGAAACAGCCUGGUGAUCAUCAAUUAAAGUACAUUUAAAUCUAAA